UAGUAUUAGUGAUCACAAUUUUAAAGCAGCUAUAACUUUCUUAUUGCUUGUCCGAUUUCUUUCAAACUUUCACCAUUCUGUUUGAUUUAUUUUUCUCCUUCCCAACACAACAUUUUAUGGCCAAGGCUGGAUUCCCCUUUAAUUGUCGUUACCCCUCUUCAGAAUUAAUUUGUUCCCUCAAUUAUUUUGACGCCCGCGGGAUGGAUGAUGAGAUCGCGGGAUCGAGACAUGCACUCACGAUAAUUAAAAGCGCGCAUCUCAAAUUUAUCACCGCCACCUGUACCUUGCACCGUGCAUGGUCUACGAAUUCGGCCGGAGCCUACUCUGCCUAAGGCUAAGAAGUUAGCCCUGCUCCUAGUCCUACCGUAGUUCUUCCACGUUCAGCCAUGCCUAAACACAAACCUAGUUCAGGCAGUCAAAGCGAGGAGCCCAAAUCUAAGAAGGCUCGUAUCAAGUCCAGCCAAACGGAUGAAAAUGAAGAAGGCGAGGAGGAAGAGCUUUUUAACCGGUCUCAAAACGCAGACUUCACUGCUCCAUUCGAAUCGGUAGAAGCAGAGUAUGGAAUCAUUGAGAAGAUAACUGUAAAGAAUUUUAUAUGCCAUGGUAGACUUGAGUGUAGUUUCGGUCCAAACGUCAACUUUGUUGUUGGCCGCAAUGGGAGUGGAAAGAGUGCUAUUCUGACCGCUAUUGUAGUGGGGCUUGGUGGAAAAGCCAUUGUAACUAGCCGAGGUAACUCGGUUAAGAACUUCAUCAAGGCUGGCAAAAGCGUUGCAGAGAUAUGCAUCAAGUUACGCAAUAGAGGGCACGAUGCGUACAAGCCAGAAGUAUUUGGACCGUCCAUUACAGUGAUCAGAAGAAUAAAGAGCGGGAAAGAUGGGAGCUCUAAUUACAAAAUACUGUCAGCUAAAGAUAAAUUAAUAAGUACGAAGAAAGACGAGUUGUCCCACAUCAUGGAUCAUUUCAACAUACAGGUGGAUAAUCCUGUAUCUAUAAUGAACCAAGAGACCAGUAAAAACUUCCUCCUCAAGCAAAGUGCCAAAGACAAGUACAAGUUUUUCCUGAAGGCGACCCAAUUGGAGCAGGUCUCCAAUGAAUAUCGAGAAAUUGUGGUCCUUAAAGAAGGAACAGAAGAUGAUGUCAACGUACAGAGUGCUAAACUUCCUGACCUAGAGAAAGAGGUGCUGGAGUUGGAACAGAAGUUCAAGGCUUUGACUUGCCUUCAUGAUCUAACAGACAAGAGGAAGGAGCUUAUCAACCAGUCAGCAUGGGCCCAGGUGGCCGAGAUGGAAAAGGAGAGGGAUAGCAAAAAGAAUGAAGUCCAGCAUGAAGAAAGUCGAGAGCCCAAGUUUGUUGAGAAGAUUCAGCAACAGGAGGAAAAGGUGAAGAAAGCAGAAGAGAAGCAUGCCGAGAUCCAGAGUCAAGUUGAAAUACUGAGACAAAGACUCGAGGAGCUCUCCCCGCAACACGACACAUCGAAAGACAAUGUACAAAAGCUCAAAAACACUGUCAAAACUCUUGAGAGAGAGAUCAAGAAGAUAACCUCAAUGAUCCGCAGUGAAGAAUCAGAUAGAAAUGAUAUCUUGCAGAGAAUUCAAGAUGAAAAAGAAAGGGACAGAGCGCAGUUUGAAGAGGAGAGGCUUGAGAGAGAAAGACAGAUCACUGCUUUGGUGGAAAAAAAGCGAGAUCUUGAAGCGCAGAAGCAGAACGCUGUCAGAGAGAUGGAGCAGUUUGCCAAUGCUGUAAACAGUGCUCGAGAACGCAUCUAUGGACUGCUAUCCAAAGAUACUGAGCUGACACAAGCCAUAGCUGCCGGUGAGAGAAGACUGAAGAACCUUGAAGGAAGCCGGAAGAACAGAUUGAAGCUGUAUGGAGAUUACAUGCCAAACCUACUGGCUGAGAUUGAGCGUUCUGCUGCUCGGUUCCACCAGAAACCUCUUGGCCCAGUGGGAUCAUUCUUAAAGCUGAAGGAUGUCCGUUGGGCUCUUGGUGUGGAAUCUUGCCUGAAACGAUUGAUGUAUUCAUUCUGUUGUCAUGACCAACAUGAUUCAAGCAUUCUGAAAGACAUCAUGAAACGUAUCAUCCCACAGAAUGCUCCACAACCUCCAAUCAUCACAUCAAAGUUUGAGUCUCACACUUAUGAUAUCAGUCGAGCAAUGGUACAGAGUAGGGACUUUCCCGGCUUUCUAGACAUCGUUGAUGUCAGCCAUCCUGUCAUUUUCAACACACUUAUUGAUCAGCGUGGUGUGGAGAGUAUCUUGCUGAUUGAGCAGAGCAAGGAUGCCAGAGGUUAUCUGAGACACCAGCCCCCUAGGAACUGCAGAGAGGCUUUCACCAUGGAAGGCGAUCAGGUGUAUGCUGGAGCUGAACAACGCUACUAUUCGUCCAUGCAGAGGAGCGCAAAGAUUCUGAGAGGAGAUACUGACAACGAGAUAAGUGAAACUCGGAGAGAUAUGAAUCAAAACCAAAGAGCAUUGAAUGAAAUAAAGCAGAAGAUUCAGGCUCUAAGACAAGAUGCGUCCGAGAAUGAGAAUCUGAAGAAAACGGCACAGCGACAGAGGAUGAAUCUUGACGACAAGAUAGGAAGGAUAAACAACCAUGUAACUCAAUUAGAGGCAGAAGGGGAAGGAGAAGAGGAAACCAAUGUCGCUGACUUGGAAGAGGAGGUUCAGCAGAUGGAGGCCAAAAUCAACGAACGAAAGGAGAAACUGGAAAGGUUCUCCAAGAACUUCAAGGAAGGUCGAAGACAGCUGGCAGAAGCAUCGCAACAGUUCAAGGUGGUGGACGAUCAGAUCCAGGAACUGAGCUAUCAAGUAGACCCUCUCAAGGAUGAGUUAGCUGGAGCUAGCAUUGAAGUGCAAACGGCCAAGCAACAUCGCAAACAUUACGAAGAAAAGAAAAAGGAAUUGAUGGGGAAAAUUGCAAACCUCAAGAGAGAAGCCGAUGAAGCACAGAAAAAUGUGGAGGAUGCGAUAUCAAAAGCCAUACAGAUUCAUCCAGAAAGACUAAAGGUGUCACGAAAAGUGAACAACAUUGAUAAAGAAAUCAAACAGAUCAACAAGAGAAUUGCCAAGGAACAGAAACGGCAAGGAGACCCCGAAGUCAUUACCAAGCAGUAUGAUGACGCCAGGGAAAAUUAUAGGACAAUCAAGAAACAAAUCAAAGGCAUGAAGGGAUUUGUUGAGAAAAUGAACAAGAUCCUUGAAUUGCGUUAUGUGGCACUGAAAGACAUGCGUCAUUUUAUAGCACAGAGAACCAAGUACUACUUCAUAACAAUGAUGUCCACCCGUGGCUAUGUGGGUCGCCUCAAGUUUGACCACCCAAGAGAGGAACUUAUCUUAACGGUGGAUCCAGGAGAGAGUCAGAAGACCAAGGAUGUGUCCAAGGAUGUGAGGAGUUUGUCUGGUGGAGAAAGAUCCUUCUCAACAGUGUGUCUCAUCAUGGCUCUCUGGGAGUCUGUGGAAUCUCCCUUCAGGGCCAUGGAUGAAUUUGAUGUGUUCAUGGACAUGAUGAACAGGAAGAUCUGCAUUGAGCUGAUGCUUCAGUUUGCCAGAGAACAAGCAAUCCGUCAAUUUAUUUUCCUGACUCCACAAGACAUGAGCAAGAUCGCCCCGAGCCGGUUUGUCCGCAUCACCAGACUUCACGACCCUGAGAGGAACCAAGGGUACAUCACUGCAGAACCGCAGGCAAAUCUAGAUGAAUCAAUGGAGGAGCAAGGAUAGCAGAUACAGACCAGGAUGGAAAUGCCAUAGUGCCUUGUUGGUGUCCCAGUGCCAAAUGAUUGGACAUUACCAAAAAGUAGGGAACAUGUGUGAAUUUACCCAAACAAAAAAGUUUGUUAGUAUCACCAGACUUCAUGAUCCUUGGAGGAACCAAGAGUACAUUCAAUGCAGGUCCUGAGGCCACUCUAGAUGAAUUGAUGGAGGAGCAAUAAGUAAUACUUUAGGUUGAAAGAAUGCCAUCCAUUACUUUGAAGGUCUUUAGGUAAGAGGUCCCAGUACUAAAUGAUUGGACAUUACCAACUGAUAAUAUAAUCCUUUGUUGUUCCAAAUGAGUAUCUGGGUAUAAGCAGACUUCAUGACCCCAAGAGAAUCCAAGGGGACAUUAAUGCAGGUCCUGAAGCCACUCUAGAUGAAAAGAUUGAGGAACAAGAAUAGCAGAUGAAACAUUAGGAAGGAAACACCUUUUAGUAGUUUGUAGGUGUUAAGGUAAGAGGUCCCAGUGCCAAAUGAUUGGACAUUACCAAAGAAUAAUAAACAUGUUUAGAUUUUCGCGAACAAACAAGUAUCUGGGUAUAAGCAGACUUCUUGACCCAAAGAGGAACCAAAAGUAUGUCAUAGCAGAACCUGAGGCUACUCCAGACGACUCAUCGGAGAGGCAAGGAUAGCAGAUACGAUACCAGGGGGAAGGGAACACCAUUCAGUGCCUUGUAAGUUUGUGAAGAGGUCCAGAGUAAAGCCAUUUUCCUAAGAAUUUGUCUCUAACUGAAUAAAAUCGUAACAAAAUUUGUCAGCCACAUAGUUGGCCAAAAUCUCGAAGUGAUGAUGAUAUAAAUCUUGGAUAGACAAAGCUUUGUAAAAAAAUAUAAAGACAGUUGAUCCAACAGGUGAAUUCAAGUGAGGUGUGGUUUUGGUUUUGGUGCUGAAAGCAUUAUUUCAGAUCACCUUGUGUAGCUCCAGUGCCUAAAGUGAGUUCACAUUAAUGAUUCAAAUCACUUUGCAAAAUGGGAAAAAUAGCAUCAGAUAUAUUGAAGUAAAAAUCGCAUGAAAGAACAGAAUGCUAGAAUGCUAAAGUACAAUAUAUGAUCGAACCAUAAAGACUCUACGUUGUGGUUGGCUGUGAAGGUAAAGAAAUUAGGCUUUGUAAACAAUCAUUAAUUAAGCAUAAGCAACAAAAUAAUGCAAGGGCUCUUAAGAACUCUUCUGGUAGCACAGAAUGGGGUCAGUCAGAUCAAUGUAUGCUGCCUUGAUCAGCAUUCAUUGUUGAAAGCUAAUCACCUAGUGACAUCUCAGCUUUAUUUUAACUUCAGUGCUGUGGUGUAAAAAUGUGCCCAACACCUACAGCAAAAAAACAACACCAAACUCUAAGAUCACCCAUUUGGGUUAUCUCCCCUUUGAUAUGGCAUAGUGAAAUCACAGCUUUAUUUUGUUUAGUGCUGAGCUGGUGUAAAAAAAUUGCCUAACACCUACACUAACCAAUCAACAUCAAACCCUAAAAUCAACCACUGGGGUUGUCUCCCCCUUGAGUCAUUAGUGUAGUGACUUAAUUUUUAUAUAUGUAUUUUCUUUAUGACUUUGUGAGCUAGGAUUUGGUUGAAAUAUUAUGCGAUGAACUUUUUGUCAACGAACAUGAAUGAAAUUUCCUUCAAUUUGAGAUACAAAGUCUGACACAUGUCACUGUACUAGAAAUGAUGUAGUGAAAUCACGACAGUCGCGUGAUCAUCCACUACUUGUUAAUUUGAAUAGAUCAGCUGUCAGUUGCUGUCAUGAACCUGUACAUGUGUACCCGAGCCUUCGUCUUUGAGAGGUACAGUCAAUAUCAAAUCAAAUGAAAUAAGUAUAUUAAUUAAAAUUGUAACUUGUUUUUACCUGUUUUGCUAUAGAGUCGCAAUCAAUAUUAAUUGUAAGAUUGAUUGCAUCUCUUAUGUUACAGGUCCUGUGUGAUUAAGAGUUAAGCUUAAACACCAAUGUGCACAUCUAGGGCCUUUUUUAUUUAAGAGUUACAACUGUUGUAACUUUGCCAUUAUGGCAACUACCAUGGCAACAGGGCUCAGCAGCCAAUCAAAAUCAGGGUUGCCAUAGUAGUUGCCAUAAUGGCAAAGUUACAAAAGUUGUAACUCUUUAUGAAACGGGCCCCUGAUUGAUGGAUACACAGUAGUGCGUGUCCCUGCACAUGUUAUGAUGCAUUUAACACCAAACGUAAUUGAAGUUUAAGUGCGACUCUUAAGACACACUUAACUCUUUGUGAUACACCCCCAGGUGGGUGUUUCAUAAAGCUGUUCGUAAAUUAAGAGCAACUUUAAGAACUACUGGUGAUCCUUUCUUAUGCGCUAAACCAUCGCCAAUGAAUAUACCAUUUACCACAAGAAAGGAUCACCAGUCGUUCUUAAAGUUGCUCUUAACUUACGAACAGCUUUAUGAAACGGCCCCCAGUUCUGAUUUUAAAUGGUAUGAAUGAGUAUGAUGCAUCAAAUUUCUUGCAUGAUAAGCAAGGAAUUGAGAUCAUUGCACAGUCGAAGGGUAUUGUAUUAUCAGCAGUCAGUAAAAAUGCUAAGUUGGUCUUCAUGAUUUGCCAUUGCAAUAUCAGAGCAUUUUGCAUGGUGUGCCAAAAUUAUGAUUAAUUCCCCUUAGGCUUUUUUGAAAACAAAAUAUUUAUUUAUUUUGUAAUUUUAUUGAUACAGGGUAGCAUUGUCAGUUAAAUAUGCUGUGCAAUAUGCUACAUCGCAAGAUAAUGAUCAUUAUAGAUAAUGAUAAUUAUAUUGGAUGGUUCUGUUCAUGGGAUACCAGAUAUGCCACUCGUUGGGGGCCAAUAUUGCCCUUAUCUCUGAUUUGUGCAAUAUUCCCCUAACUUGUGGAAUAUUUCUUGUUUAUCCCAUUCUGAGCCAUCCAGUGAAAUGUAAUUUCAUAAAUGCUGGACUGUCCGGUCUUGACCAUUCAGACACAGUAGUUUAAGCCAGUUUUGGUAUCUGUUAGAUGGCACUAGGGAUUGGAUGUUUUCUUUGUUCAAAAGUCAUUUUCAUAUUUACUUAGUUUUACAUAGCUUAUUCUUUAGACCACAUUUAGAGUUUAGAUUAGAAUGUCAGUGGAUGUUGAUCACCAUGGCAUUUAAGUCUUGUUCACAUAUGGUGAGACAAAGCUCGGCAACAUUUUUCAGAGUGUUUAGACAUGAUGUGACAAAUAGCGUCACGUACACUAACAAACCUGCAUAUCACGCUUCAAGUAGAAAAAUUGACGAUUAAAAGUUGCUUUCAUUAUGAUGGGACGGCUUGUGUUCAUUUUGUACUAUCCAUUUGUCAAAUGAAUCCUAAAUGUCCCAUAAACAGGCAUACCUGUGCUAUUCUUUGCACAUUUCAUCAACAUUGUGUAUUAAAGCCAUCUUUUUGUCUUAAGCAUAAUGCGCUGUCAAGAUUUUGAUCCAUGAUUAUAUGAGUUAAUGUAAGGACAAUACAUUACAUUCCUUUUGAGUAGUCACUUGUUAUUUUAUCUGUUUUGUUUAUUCAUCAGUGCCUUAUGUUACUGUUUGAAUGUAUUACAUAAAUUUAUGUAUGUCAUGUUAGUUUAUUAAUCUUGUAUAUCGUACAUACAUGUAUCAACUAUAUUUAUUACAGAGUAGCCUGUAUAAUACAAACUGUAUUAAAAGUUCAUUUUCACAUAGAAA